CUGUGACAGACCACAACAUCUGCUCUGCACUGGAGAUGCCAGAGCCACUUUCUGCUGAAAGACGGCUUCUGUUUGGGGGAAAAUUUGGGACUCUAAGGUUGCAGAUGUUUCAACAAAACUGAGCAUCAUGGCGAAGAAGAAGGGCUUUUGGGUAGAGAAGGUGCACUGCCUGGGCACAGAAAACAGCCUGUCAGAGUGCCAUGGUCAGCUGUCGACCCCCCGCAUCCCGACCCCCUGUAAGAAUGGCAGACACGCGGUGGCCAAGUGUGUACCAGGGCCACAGUUUUCUCGCAUUUCCUCCGGAAGACCCCAGGCACCUUAUCCAGUUGUGCCAGUGCGUCUGAAGGCAGGCCCCAGGCUUGGCGAGGGUCGCGUGGAGGUGCUCCGUGAAGGGAAGUGGGGCACCAUCGUGGACCACCUCUGGGACAGAACGGCAGCUAGCGUGGUGUGCAGGGAGCUGGGCUUCGGGACCGCCAAGGAGGCCCUGGUUGGAGCCGUCAUGGGACAAGGCACGGGACCAAUCCACAUGAACAAUGUGCGGUGUUUGGGGACGGAGCGCUCAAUCCUGGACUGUAGCUACCAGGACGUGCAGCUGUGGACGUUCAAACACAACCAAGAUGCUGCAGUCCACUGCAACGUGCCCAAGACCGGCGUGGAGAACACGGUGAGGCUGGCUGGUGGCCGGGUGCCCGGGGAGGGCCGGGUGGAGGUCUUGAUGGAGGUGGGGGGGCGUAAGCGCUGGGGCUCAGUCUGCAGUGAGAACUGGGGCAUCAACGAGGCCAUGGUGGUGUGCCGGCAACUGCGCAUGGGCUUCGCCGCUACCGCCCACCAGGAAACCUGGUACUGGACAGGUGACCCAAAUGCCGCUGAACUGAUCCUCAGUGGAACCCACUGUGUUGGCACCGAGUUGUCAAUCCAACAGUGUCGCCGUAACAACCACGUCCACUGUCCUCGAGGAGGAGGAACCAAGGCUGCCGGAGUCACCUGUUCAGAGACUGCCCCUGACCUGGUCCUGGAUGCUCAGCUGGUCCAGGAGACGGCCUACUUGGAAGACCGGCCCCUGCACCUGCUCAGUUGUGCCAAUGAGGAGAACUGUUUGUCCUCCUCCGCUGCCCGGAUGAACUGGCCGUACGGCCACCGACGCCUCCUUCGCUUCUCCUCCCGCAUCAUGAACCUGGGCCGAGCCGACUUCAGACCCAAAGCCACCAGAGAGAGCUGGACAUGGCACCAGUGUCACAGGCACUACCACAGCAUCGAGGUGUUCACACAUUACGACCUACUGACUCUAAAUGGCACCAGGGUGGCAGAGGGACACAAGGCCAGCUUCUGUCUGGAGGACACCUACUGCCCCGAGGGACUCCAGAAGCGGUUCUCCUGCUACAACAUGGGUGACCAGGGCAUCUCUGUGGGCUGCUGGGAUACCUACCGCCACGACAUCGACUGUCAGUGGGUCGAUAUGACAGAUGUGCGGCCAGGAGACUACAUCUUCCAGGUGGAAGUCAACCCCUCGCUGGACAUGGCCGAGUCUGACUUCAUGAACAACGUCAUGAGGUGUCGAUGCAAGUAUGACGGCCACAGGGUGUACAUGUACGGAUGUCACGCAGGAGACGCAUACAGCGCGGAGACGGAGGAUCUGUUCGAACACCAGCGGCAGAUCACCAAUAACUUUGUGUAGGCCGUCCUGUGGAGGGCCUCCCCGUGGGGGGGUCUGUGGACUACUCAGGAUGG